GCCCACGUGCCGAGCGACGAGCUCGCGGCGUACCGCGCGCUCUUCGACGAGAUCGACGCGGACGGCUCCGGGGGCAUCGACCGGAGCGAGCUGCGCAAGAGCAUGCGCAAGAAGUUCGGGAUGAAGCUCCCCGAGGAGCGCAUCGACGAGGUCUUCGACGCGGUGGACGAGGACGGCAACGGCGAGCUCGACUUCGACGAGUUCGUCGGCGCGAUGGUCAAGUUCAAGCCGAGCCUCGACGAGUCGGGCAAAUCCACCCUAAAAUCGGGCGACGCGUUCGGGACGAUGGACGACAAGGGCAAGGGCGCGGUCAACGCGUCCCAGUUCUUCGACCUCAUCAAGUUCAUCGGCGUCGAGACGAACAUCAAGACCGUGCGCAAGCUCAUGCGCGAGGCCGACGCCGACGGCAACGGCGAGCUCGACUUCGACGAGUUCCUCGAGAUGAUC